AGAGAGCCGACAUAGGAAUUUCUGCUUUAACCAUCACUCCAGAUCGUGAGAAUGUGGUGGACUUUACAACACGUUACAUGGACUACUCAGUGGGGGUACUACUUCGAAGGGCUGAAAAGACAGUGGAUAUGUUUGCCUGUCUUGCUCCAUUUGAUCUCUCUCUAUGGGCUUGCAUUGCUGGCACAGUCCUUUUGGUGGGUCUACUGGUAUACCUCUUGAACUGGCUUAAUCCCCCACGAUUACAAAUGGGAUCAAUGACGUCUACUACUCUCUACAACUCCAUGUGGUUUGUGUAUGGAUCUUUUGUACAGCAAGGUGGGGAGGUCCCAUACACGACUCUGGCUACCCGAAUGAUGAUGGGGGCUUGGUGGCUAUUCGCUUUGAUUGUUAUCUCAUCUUACACAGCAAACCUUGCUGCUUUUCUCACCAUCACUCGCAUUGAAAGCUCCAUCCAGUCUCUCCAGGACCUUUCCAAGCAAACAGAUAUCCCAUAUGGCACAGUCCUGGACUCCGCGGUAUAUGAGCAUGUCCGCAUGAAGGGAUUGAAUCCUUUCGAGAGGGACAGCAUGUAUUCCCAAAUGUGGCGGAUGAUCAACCGAAGCAAUGGAUCAGAAAAUAACGUUCUGGAAUCCCAAGCAGGCAUUCAAAAG